AUGGCGGCUAAAGGGGCCGCGCUGCUGCUGCUGCUCGGGGCGGCAGCGGCGCCGGGCCCGGUGCGGGGCUCGCAGGGGGAUCGGGAGCCCGUGUAUCGGGACUGCCUGGCCCAGUGCGAGCGGCGCAACUGCUCGGGGGCCGGCCUGCGGCACUUCCGCUCCCGGCAGCCGCUCUACAUGAGCCUGACAGGCUGGACCUGCAGAGAUGACUGUAAAUAUGAGUGCAUGUGGCUUACCGUGGGGCUUUAUGUCCAGGAAGGUUACAGAGUGCCUCAGUUUCAUGGCAAGUGGCCCUUUUCCCGUUUCCUGUUCUUCCAGGAACCUGCUUCUGCCUUUGCUUCUUUCCUUAACGGACUUGCCAACUUUGUGAUGUUGACUAGAUACAAAGCAUCCGUCCCGCCUUCAUCUCCCAUGUACCACACCUGUAUCGCCUUUGCCUGGGUUUCAUUAAAUGCCUGGUUCUGGUCUACAGUCUUCCAUACAAGGGACACUGAUGUAACCGAGAAAAUGGAUUACUUCUGCGCGUCCACCGUCAUCCUGCACUCCAUCUACCUGUGCUGUGUCAGGACCCUGGGUCUGAAACGUCCAGCCUUUGCUAAUGCCUUUGGGGGUUUUCUGAUCCUCUUCCUGGCCUGCCAUGUCUCGUACCUGACGCUCGUGCGCUUUGACUAUGGCUACAACAUGGCCGCAAACGUGGCGAUCGGCCUUCUCAACCUCUUCUGGUGGCUGGGCUGGUGCGUCAGGAACCAGCAGCGCCUCCCGUACGUGUGGAAGUGCGUGGUGGUGGUGCUGCUCCUUCAGGGCCUGGCGCUGCUCGAGCUGCUGGACUUCCCGCCCCUCUUCUGGAUCUUCGACGCACACGCCAUCUGGCACAUCAGCACCAUUCCUGUCAACGUCCUCUUCUACAGUUUCCUCCGUGAUGACAGCCUGUACCUCUUGAAGGCGAACUCGGACAUUCUGAAAAUAGACUAAAGCUGUCGGGGGGCCUGCCGUGCGGAGAGGAGCUGUCCCCUCUCUGAUGGAAACUGUCACGUGAGACCUUCUGAGCGCUUUUCCCAGCAGCAUGCC